GUGUUUUCAGAAGCUGCAGGUAAUGCGGCUGCCCCUGCAGCUGCUGUUCCUGCAGAUUUUGCUUUGCUUUCCCGCGCUCCUCUCUGCCUAUGAGGCCCCGGAGGACAAGGAGGACGUCUUCGCCAAGAGGGCGUGUCCCGCCUUCCUGGUUUUCAACAGCGCAGCGUACCUGGAGGACAUGACCGUCGAGCUGCCCUGCCGCUGCAAACCCGAGGAGGCCCAUUCGGUGGUGUGGUACUACCAGAAGCACCUGCGGGGGGACGAGGCCCGGGUGCUGACGGACUUCGAGGGCACCGUGCUGGUGGACUCAUCCCGGGUGGGCCGCGGGACGGACCUGCGGACGCGCUUCUCCAUCCGCCUCUUCAGCCUGCUCAUCUUCCGGGCGCAGGAGGCCGACUCGGGGCACUACCUGUGCGGGACGGCCUCGGGGCAGUUCUUCUACGGCUACGACAUCGACGUGCAGCGGGCCCGGCGAGUGUCCUUCCCCCGCCGCCGCCCAGGGGGCCGCGCCCGUGACCCCCCGCGGCCGGAGAGAGGGGCGGAGGGGCCGUACCGCACGUUCACCAGCUUUUGGCCGUGGUCGGUGUGCGACCGGUGUGGCGUGCGGGGGGAGCAGACCCGGGUGGGGCUGUGCUACCUGCAGAGCGACUACCUCAGCGUCCGCUACGUGCGUGGCCAGUCCUCGCGGGCGGCGGCCCCCUGCGGCUCCGCGGCGGUGCCGGCCCGCUUCCGGCUGGGCGAGGCCCGGGGGAAGGAGGGGGCGGAGCUGGCUGUGCGCGACUGCCACGCCCCCUGCCCCCCGGAGCCCGCGGCGACGGUCGAGCGGGAGACCCUCCUGGAGUUCCUGGGCUACGACGCGACGGCGCCCCAGGCGGCCGUGUACUACCACAACCACCCGGCCGGCUCGGCGCUGGUGCUGGCCUGCCCCGGCGCUCAGCCGCAGCACGCGGUGGCCUGGGACCGGGGCCGGGAGCCGCUGUACCGAGCGCGGCACAUGGAGGGCCUGAACCGGACGGCGCGGGUCUACAUCGACGCCGGGCACCACCUGCACCUCCGCCCCGCGCGGCUGGAGGACAAGGGCUCCUACUACUGCUGGGUGCAGGGCAGGCGGGCCGCCGAGAUCCGGCUGGGGGUCUACCUGCGCCUGGGCCGCACCCGCCAGGUCUCUGACCCCGAGUCCGUGCACGCCCUGCGAGCCCUUGGCUUGUGCUAUGCGGCGUACGCCCUGCUGUUCCUCCUCUACGUCCUGCUCCGGCUCUCCUGGAGGUCUCUCAAGAGGAAGAGGUUGUAGUUCUGGCUGUACUGCGUGUGUUUUUCAUUGAUACUGAAAGGCUGGCAUUUAAAUCUUAAAUAAAAGGCCAUUUUCACCA